GAUGGUAGGCUGGAAAGACGGAUGGGCAGAGCCGUCCACGUCGAACCUGAACAUGCAAGUGUAACCUGUUUCAUCGCUGGUUAUAGUGCUACGUCGGGUUACGCUUUCAUUUAGCAUUAGCCAUUUGUAAAAGUAUAUUUUUUAAAUAAUGGAGGACGACUGUGUUUGUGAGUACGACUCGACCUGGGACACAGAGAGUGAUGGUGACGACCCGGCCGGAGAGACCCAGACCCGACGGUCGAGUCAAGAUAAAAACAAAUCUACUUGGGCUAUAUGGCAUCACGCUCCUAGAAACUUAAGGGCAGCAAAGGACAUGCAGAACUACAGAAGAGGAUACCCUAAUCUAACAGAUGAUGAAUGCUUAGAGGAUAAAAUGAACAAUUUACAGUUUUAUCUCAAUAAGUUUCCCUCCGCUCCUGAUGACAUCUAUAUUGAGUCGUUUCUUAAAGAUUGGAAAAAUGACUACAAAAGACUGGAGAGGGUUCACUCUUACAUUCAAUGGUUGUUUCCACUACGAGAACCAGGUGUUAAUUAUAUGGCUUCAGAACUCACCAAGAAGGAAAUUGAGGCCUUUAAGAAGAAUGAGGAUGCCAAAAAGAGACUAGUGGAAUCCUAUGAACUCAUGUUGGGCUUCUAUGGCAUCCAUUUGGUCGACACUAAGACAGGUGAAGUGAAGCGGGCUGAAAAUUGGAAGGAACGCUUUGGAAACCUGGAGCGGAAUAUGCACAAUAACCUGCGGAUCACUCGGAUCCUGAAAAGCCUUGGAGAGCUGGGCUUUGCGCACUAUCAGGCCCCACUCGUGCGCUUCUUUCUGGAGGAGACUUUGGUUAAAAAAAACCUCAGCAGCGUGAAACGCAGCGUCCUCGACUAUUUUCUGUUUGCUGUGCUGGACAAGCAGAAACGUCAGGAUCUUGUGCGCUAUGCUUACCUUCACUUUGAGCCAAAGGACAAGUUUGUGUGGUGUCCCAGAAGGAUUCAGAAACAAUUCAGAAAAGCAGAGAAAAGAUCUGAAACUGCUGGGAAUGGAGAAGGAAAAGACGAAGUCUGUGCACGUGGUAAAAGCAAAGAUGGAGAAGCAGCAGUUCAGCAGAGAGAUGACGGACUGGAUAAUGUUGCUAAGGCUCAGAAAGUAACUGAUAAAAGUAAGGACAAGAGCAAACAGGCUGAGGCGUCCCCUGAGCCAAAAGCAGAAGCUGAGGCAGUCGGAAAUGGAACUGUGGGGGUUGUGUGUAAUAAUGAGAUUGUAAGAAAUGGAAAUGACUCUCCAGAUGAUGUUCAUGAAAUGGAUCAGUCCCCUAGUCCCGACACUUUGACGACAAAGACUACACCCUGUGCAGACAAUGAGCAGAAAUUGACCAACAACACGAAGGACGCCAUCCAGGAAGUUGACAUUAUGCAAACAGAUGGAGACAUAGAAACUGAAAAACCACCAAAGAAGAAGAGAGAAGAUGAUAAGGUCCUGUCAGACAACAGCCCUGCUGAGGACUCUGCCAAUAGACAGAUAGAGGAAAAAGCUGCUGCUAAUAAAGCCGCAGGUCAGAUGAGUCCAUCUGUGCAAACUCCUCUUAAGACUUCAAAACAUUCACCCUCUCAUUGUUCUGAAAGGGAGGGCAAAAUCCCAAGGACUGAUUAUAGCCAAGUGCCAGAUAAAAAGGAGGAAGAAACUUCCCAGGAAGAUAGUUCAUCUGCAGACGGGAUGGAAGGCAGCAGCGUUGUGGAUGAACAGAGGAAUGGGAAACAUUCAGAAGAUGCUGACAUGGAGUCAAACUCCUUGAGCUCAGACCAAAAUGAAGAGAAUUUGUGAUUGGUGACCACACAAACUUGAAUGACGUGUAAAUUAAGGACAGAUUUGGACUAAAAAGACUUUAAGGGCCUUAUUUCUACUGAUGUUAAGACACUGAUUCUUUUAACUUUGAAGGAGUAUAUAAUUUGGUUAAUUCACCAAAACAUGAGACUGGAUGUGACUCAAGUUUAUCCAAGACUUCUGAUAUGCUGUAUUUUUGUGGGCUUUCUUUUCCAUCCAUCAAUUAUCUAUUCCGCUUAGUCCAAUUCAGGGUCGAGAGUGAGCUGGAGCCUAUCCCAGCAGUUAUAGCAGGCCAGAGGCAGGGCACACCCUGGACGGGUCGCCAGUCCAUCACAGGGCUGACUUUCUUUUCCCUGUAUCCAAAACAGCGCCCUGGUUUACCACUUAAAGGGUUGACUAACUUCAUUGCUGGUUUUGUUGUUUUUUUUUUUUUUAUUUGUAUUUGUUGACAAUGAGAAAAUGUAGAAUAUUACCUGAUUUAUCUUUUUAAGACAGGGAUGGCAAUGACUGUCUGGAACACAUUAAUCUACGUCUGCUCAUUGAAGGUCUCAGCAACUUUUUAUACUUCAGCAUUUAAGCAUUUUUUUGUGUUUGUUUCUUGAUCCUGCUGUUCAAAUAAAAUGAAGGUGGAAAAUAAUUUAAGUUAUAUUUCAAUCUUAUUGCACGGUUUGUAUGCUGUUAUGCAGACUUCUAAACAGCUGAAAGCCUUGCCAAAAGUCCGAUAAGACUGGUUGAUUGUAUAUCGUGUUUGUCUUUGAAGAAAUGAUAAAUCUCUGGUUGUAAUUUAAAGUCCACUGUAUGUUCAUUUUGAAAUGGAUGCAGUCCAUGAAAAUGUAUAAAACAGGUUGAUGUAUCUUUUUA